CAUCUCGUCGACGAAAAAGAGGAACUAUUUUCUCACGGCGGAGGUGGCGCACUCGUAACCAAACUUACCAAACGCGCAAUCGCAAUCGCCGUGACGCACGGCGAUUGUUGUUGCGAGAGUGUCACCGAGAAUCUCGAGAAUCGCGUUCGUGUCAAUUUAUCGUCCGGGAGGUCCGUCACGGAGAGCAAAUUAAAGAGAGAGAGAGAGAGGAGAGUGUGCGCGCGCGUGUAAACGAAAGGGCAAGCUACAGAAAGUACGGAACCAAGUGAAGGUACGAAGGAGAGCCGAGGUCGCCGUCGUCGUCGUGUCGCGCGACUCUCAGACGAGAGACAAUGAAAUUCCAGUACAAGGAGGAACAUCCGUUCGAGAAGAGGAAGGCCGAGGGCGAGAAAAUCCGACGGAAAUAUCCCGAUCGGGUGCCCGUGAUAGUUGAGAAGGCACCUAAAGCAAAGAUUAGUGAUCUGGACAAGCAAAAGUAUUUGGUACCUUCUGAUUUGACUGUCGGUCAAUUUUACUUUUUAAUUCGUAAGAGGAUUCAUUUACGUCCUGAAGAUGCCCUGUUCUUCUUUGUAAACAACAUCAUUCCUCCAACAAGCGCUACCAUGGGUUCUCUUUAUGCGGAACAUCAUGAAGAGGAUUUCUUCCUAUACAUAGCGUAUAGCGAUGAAAAUGUAUACGGUCACUAAACCCCGCAGGAUGAACAAAUCGCCAAAACAGCAAGAUUCAACAACAAAAAUCUACCAUCUACCAAUGUAGUCCUCAUAGAUGCUUUCGAAAACCGAGCAUACAAAAUUACAUCUAUCGAUAUACUUUGUGUGAAAUUUUGUCUUGAUACUGCACAUUCGCUUCCAUAAAUCUGCACAAUCAUAUCCUUGGAUGAUAAAGAAAAGAUGCUUGUCGAUUUCAUUCUUUUUAUUCUGCUACCUAAGAGGGCUUAGUUCACCGUAUUGUAUAAGAAUAAUUUGUCCAAAAUUAUAUGAUCGUGUAAUAUCUAGCCUGGCCACCCAUAAAA